AGAAGCUAGGGGCCGGGGGCAAGGAGCUGGGAGAGCCGAGACGGAGAUCAAAGCCGGGAGAGAAGAACGCAGCGGGAACCGGCCGGGAGCCGGAGCCCCCCAGGCACCCGCUGGCUCGCCCAGACGAUUGGUACACGCAGAGUGGCCCACAGGCUCCCGCGCGUCCCCAGUCGCUCCCCGGGCCCCCGAUGGCCCGGGCCGCAGCCCUCCCGCUGUCGAGGUCGUCGCCGACACUGCCGCUGCUGUCGCUGCUGCUGCUGCUGCUGCUGCUCCGAGAAACCGGAGCCCAGAAUGGGCCAGUUGGCAUGCCGCCCGAGGUGCGGGGCCGCCUGGGGGACUCGGUGCAGCUGCCGUGCUACCUACAGUCACAUGGGCCUAAAGGCAACAUCUCACAGGUGACGUGGCAACGCCUGGACCCGUCCGGGGCCAUCCAGAGUGUGGCCGCCUUUCACCCUUCACAUGGUCUCAGCUUCCCCAGCUCGCAGUAUGGCAAGGAGCGGCUGUCCUUCGUCACACUGGGGCAGAACCCUGGGGCCAUGCGGGACGCCACGCUGGCCCUCCAGGGGCUGAGAGUGGAGGAUGAGGGCAACUACUCCUGCGAGUUUGCCACCUUCCCCCAGGGCACCAGUCGUGGGGUGACCUGGCUCAGAAUCAUAGCCGAGCCUGAGAACCACGCGGAAACACAGGAGGUCACACUCGGCUCGGAUUAUGUGGCUGUGGCUCGCUGUGUCUCCUCAAGGGGCCGCCCACCCGCCAAAAUCUCCUGGUUAUCGCCCCUGAAUGGGGAGGCCAAAGAGACCGAGGUGCCUGAUUCCCCGCCCGGCACAGUCACUGUCACCAGUCGCUACACUUUGGUGCCCUCGAGCCAAGCAGAUGGUGUCAAGAUCACCUGCAAAGUGGAGCACGAGGCCUUGGAGGAGCCCGCCCUGCUGCCUGUGACCCUCUCUGUGCACUACCCCCCCGAGGUCUCCAUCUCUGGCUAUGAUGACAACUGGUACCUCGGCCGUAGCGAGACUACCCUGAACUGUGAUGUCCGCAGCAACCCGAAGCCCACAAGCUAUACCUGGAGCACGACUUCAGGCACCUUACCAGCCUCGGCAAAAGCCCAGGGCCCCCAGCUGAUGAUUCACUCAGUGGACAGGCUGGUCAACACCACCUUCAUCUGCUCCGUCGACAACGCUGUGGGCAGAGGCCGUGCUGAGCAGGUGGUCCUCGUGCGAGAGUCCCCCAACACAGCAGGCGCAGGGGCCACAGGUGGCAUCAUCGGGGGCAUCAUCGCUGCCAUCAUUGCUACCGCUGUGGCCGCCACGGGCAUCCUCAUCUGCCGGCAGCAGCGGAAGGAACAGAGGUUGCAGGGGCCAGAGGAGGAAGAUGACCUGGAGGGACCUCCCUCAUACAAGCCACCAGCCCCAAAGACAAAGUUGGAGGAGCCAGAGAUGCCCUCCCAGCUCUUCACUCUGGGGGCCUCAGAGCACAGCCCACUCAAGACCCCCUACUUUGAUGCUGGCGUCUCACGUGCUGAGCAGGUAGGAGCUCCGGAUAUGCCUCGGUACCAUGAGCUGCCCACCUUGGAAGAGCGGUCGGGGCCCCUACUUCUGGGGCCCACGAACCUGGGACCCCCCAUCCUGGUGCCUCCCGGGCCGCCUAUUGUGGAGAGGGUUUCCCUGGACCUAGAGGACAUGGAUGAUGAUGAGGAAGACUACCUGGACAAGAUCAACCCCAUCUAUGACGCCCUAUCCUACUCUAGCCCCUCUGAUUCCUACCAGGGCAAAGGCUUUGUCAUGUCUCGGGCCAUGUAUGUGUGAGCUGUCAUGGUCCUGGCCUCUUACCUCUCACUCUUUGAUCCCUCAACUUUCUGCCAGGAAUCUAGUAUCUCCUGACUUCUGGUCAAGUCACUGUCAGUGAACACAUGGAUCUUAUCUAUGACUUCUACCUUGGUGGCUCCACUGUGACCUCUAAUCCAUGAUCUCUGACCCAGAGAAACCAGCCAUGACGAUGCAAACCUGGGACCCUUAUCUCAUGAGUUGAAGUGGGGUGGUUGUUUCUGCACAAUCUCUGACCCAAGGACUCCUAAGACUGUGACCUUAAUUAACUCUCAUGUUCCACCUUCUCCAAUCUCCAAUCAAAUUCCAAAGAAGACCCUAGACCUUUAAUGUAUCCUCAGGCAGUAAACUCCCAAUAGCUCUGCCAGGUUUGAUGUUGGGGGGCAGGCACCCUGCUGCUCAGACCUGAGCCCUCCAGGCAGCAGAGCCCCCCUUACCCCCUCCCCACCCUGUCCGUUCCCCAAUGUUGGGAGGGAGGGGAAUCCCCAGCCCAAGGCAUAGCUUCUCCAUUUCCUUCCUGCAGGCAGGAGUCACAGGGUCCAGACCCUUCCCUGAGUCCCCACUUGCCCACUGUCUUCAGGGAAUUAAGCCCCAGUCCAGGACUAGAUAGGGUGAGCGUUGUGCAGAGUGUGCCUUGCUGGCCCCAGCCUUGAGAGAAGAAUUUCCUGUUACGUUGAAGACUACUAAGUCCUUUUACUGCUGCCCAGUGGGAUGGGACCCAAACAUCUCCCUGGAGGGAGGAGGGGUCACCUGAGUUGGAGUGGGGAAUCUGAUACUGUUUUGUAA